GUGAAAGUCCCACGAUGAAGAGGGAAGGAGUGGUGGUGCACAUAUAGAGGGGCGGAGAGGGCGCGGCUUGUCCAGACGCUCUCUGUCCCGACGACGACGACGACGACGACGACGACGACGACGACGACGACGACGACGACGACGACGACGAUGUCGCCGAAGUUGAUAUUCCUGCUGGGAUCCUUGUGCCUGUUCGCCGGCACACAGGUCAGGGCGCAAGACGAGGAAGGUGGCGAUGGGACCGACGCAAACGCCGAGGAGCUUUGCCAGGACCGGCCGGGCGACGAGUACUUUCGCUUGAGCGUUGAAGGAGACUGUCGCGACGUCGUGAGGUGCGACAAAGCCACCGAGAUCGGCGUGACCAGGCUGGCGACGGUGCGGUGCCCGACGGGUCUCGCGUUCGACAUCGAGCGGCAGACCUGCGACUGGAAGACGAACGUGAAGAACUGCGAUCAGCUCGAGAAGCCGCGUAAGGUCUUGCCCAUCCUCAAGACCGACGAACCCGUUUGCCCAGAAGGGAAAUUGUCGUGUGGUAAUGGCGAAUGCGUCGACAAAGAGCUCUUCUGUAACGGCAAGCCCGAUUGCAAGGACGAGUCCGACGAGAACGCCUGCACCGUCGAGACCGACCCGAACCGCGCUCCGGAUUGCGACCCGACGCAAUGCGUCCUCCCCGACUGCUACUGCUCGGCGGACGGCACCCGCAUCCCCGGCAACAUCGAUCCUCAGCAAGUGCCGCAGAUGAUCACGAUCACCUUCAACGGCGCCGUCAACGUGGACAACAUCGACCUGUACGAGGACAUCUUCAACGGGCAACGGCAGAACCCGAACGGCUGCCAGAUCCGCGGUACCUUCUUCGUCUCCCACAAGUACACAAACUACUCAGCCGUGCAGGAUCUCCACCGUCGCGGCCAUGAGAUCGCCGUGUUCUCCUUAACGCACAAGGACGACCCGCAAUACUGGACUCAGGGCACAUACGACGACUGGCUGGCGGAGAUGGCCGGCGCGCGUCUCAUCAUCGAGCGCUUCGCCAACAUCACCGACGGCUCCAUCAUCGGCAUGCGCGCCCCUUACCUCAGAGUCGGCGGCAACAAGCAAUUCGAGAUGAUGGCUGAUCAGUUCUUCGUGUACGACGCCUCGAUCACAGCCUCGCUGGGACGAGUGCCCAUCUGGCCGUACACCCUGUACUUCAGGAUGCCGCACAAGUGCAACGGCAACGGCGGCAAUUGCCCGUCCAGGUCGCACCCGGUCUGGGAGAUGGUGAUGAACGAGCUGGAUCGCAGGGACGACCCCACCUUCGACGAGUCUCUGCCGGGUUGUCACAUGGUCGACUCGUGCUCCAACAUUCAGACCGGCGAGCAGUUUGCUCGUCUGCUGAGGCAUAACUUCAACAGGCACUUCAACAGCAACCGUGCGCCACUCGGUCUGCACUUCCACGCGUCUUGGCUCAAGAGCAAGAAAGAAUACAGGGAGGAGUUGAUCAAGUUCAUCGAGGAGAUGAUCGCCAGAAGCGACGUGUACUUUGUCACGAUGGUCCAGGUAAUCAAGUGGAUGCAGCAGCCCACCGAGCUCUCGGCGCUCAGGGACUUCCAAGACUGGAAGGAGACUUGCGACGAGAAGGGUCUUCCGUACUGCUCGCUGCCCAACGCCUGCCCGCUGACCACCAGGGAGCUGCCAGGCGAGACCCUGCGUCUCUUCACCUGCAUGGAGUGUCCCAACAACUACCCGUGGCUGUUGGACCCGACGGGCGACGGGUUCUCCGUGAAGAAGUGAUCCGUCGUUCGCGAGGAACGAGGGAUGCCGCCGCGCCGAUCGUUUCUCCAGAAAAUUCGGGGGAGUGACGCCGAGGCCGAGAGCCGCGGCGGUUCUUCGGCUCCGGGAGGAGCGCACGGAGAAAGCAAUCGGCGACGGCCGUCUUAUCGCAAUUAGAAAGCGUCACCUCGGCACUGGAGAUUAGGUCGCGCGACGUACAACGGUCUUCCGCUUUCGAAGGGAAACGCACCGCGCCGCGCCGCGCUCGGUUUCUCUCGAAGCCGAGAGUCCCCGCGACUCGACCAUUAUUAUUUAUGCAGAUUAAGAUCGGCGAACGCACACCGCCGCAUACGAUCCGCCGCGGGAGGAUGGUCGCGCGUGUCGGUUUCACGAGGAAAAACGCCUCGACGUCGCUCGACGGCGCUCCUCCUCCGCCCGCGCAACGCCAGCGAGGAGCUCGUGCUCGCGCUCGCGCUCGCGCUCGUGUUCGAGGACGGAGAAGGCGCCGGCGACCGCCGUUUCCGCAGCCUCCGGCGAGAACGAGAAUCGCCGAGCCCGGGGGUGACGUCCCACUUGUACAUAACCACCGGAUCCUUGCCCUCCUGAUCCUCGUCAUCGUUGUUGUUUUCCUCGCGCGCCGACCCAGCGAGAGGAACGGAAACGAGCCUCGGAGCACACGCCAUCCCUGCUCGCACCCUAUACACAUGUACUCGUCUAGGAUCUAAACGACGCGCGAGACUCUACAUAAGUGUAAUUUCCUAGUAUAAAAUAUUCCUCCUUAAAAUACUUCUCAAUAAAAGAAAUUGCGUGCGUAAAUUGCACGCGCAACAGUAAACAGCUCGCGCUGGUGGAUUCAUUUCGAGUUCGGCAUGUCGAGUGAGAUUGCUCGAAUUAACGUUCGACGAUCAACGAACUAAACACGCUUUGCUUCGUUCAUCGUCGCGGAACUAAUCACAGCGGAACACUUCAACCUUGAUCUUUUCUCCGUCUCUCCGGGAAGAUACCUCGGAGAUGUCUGAGAGACGAAACUUUCUUUCCGCCACGUGAGAAGUCGCCACGAGUCGCGACGGUUAAUCGCUAGGGCGGUAAUCGUAAAAUCAUGUCAAAGCUGAGCCGAGGCUCCUUUUCGAUUUUGGACGACAUUCCGUCGGCAGCCCGAGGUUACCAAAUAAUCGUUCACGACGUUCACGACGGGAAAACGUACCGCACGCGCGCUGCGCGUACUGAAUGAUACAGCCAAUUUCAUUGUUUCAUCAGUUUAUCUAAUCGUCUUUGAACUCAUUCUUUGCUCCACUCAGCUCAGAACUCACUCUUUCAUCGAGAACUUGACACGAGAGGCGGUAACGUCGAUUAUCAUCGUUCCGAUUGUUUAUUAUCAAUCAAGUGGUCGACGCUUAAAAAUCCGUCUUCCGUUCCUUCGAAAAGUCUCAAUCAGUCAUUUACGAUAAUUCGUA